UAGUUUUGAUUAGUGAUUGCAGUGCAGAAACUGAUAGCCGCCUCUGAAUGCAUAUUAAAAUCAUAACAGAACAAAUUUAAGGCUUCCACAACAAAGCACCAGCUCGAAGAAAGUUUGUUUGUUUGUUUAAUUAAACAUCCAGAUGGUGAUUGACUGCAGCAUCCCUGUAAUAGAUUUUCGAGAUUUUCCUGCACAAUCAGCUAAACUUGUGCAAGCAGGGGAAGAAUGGGGAUGUUUCAGGCUCGUUAACCAUCACGAUGUCCUCCCUGUCAGCCUCAUGUCGGAGAUGAAGUCUGUGGCGCGGUCACUCCAAGAUUUUCCACCAGAAAUCAAGUGGCAGAAUACGGAUAUCAAUCCCGGAAGUGGGUACAUAAGGCCUUCUCAGGCCAACCCUCUUUAUGAAGCCUUUGGCCUUUACAUGUCUUGCUCUGAAGAUGUUGAUGUGUUUUGCUCUCAGAUAAAGGCUUCUCCCAGUCAAAGAGAGACGAUUCUUAAGUAUGUUGAAGCUAUGCAUGAGUUGGUUGUGGAGAUAAGUGGAAAGCUGGCUGAUGGAUUGGGGAUAUCUGGUUUUUCGAUAGAGGGAUGGCCUUGCCUAUUCAGGAUAAACAAAUACAAUUUUGCUCAAGAAACUGUUGGAUCCUCGGGGUUUCAAGUACACACUGAUUCAGGGUUCCUUACCAUAGUUCAAGAUGAUGAAGGUGUCAGUGGACUUGAGGUCAUGGACAGGUCUGGAGCUUUCGUACCUGUUGAUCCCUGCCCUGGUGCUCUUGUUGUCAAUCUUGGAGAUGUUGCCAAGGCCUGGAGUAAUGGAAGAUUACGCACUGUAAAGCAUCGAGUGCAAUGCAAGGAAGCAAAUCCAAGGUAUUCCAUUGCUGCAUUUCUGGGACCUAAGGGGACAGUGGAAGCUCCUCCAGAACUGGUCGACGAUGAACAUCCCCGUUUGUAUGCAGCUUUUACUUUCGAAGAGUACAGAAACCUUCGAUUCUCAACAAAGCUGCAGGAUGGUGAAGCCCUUAAUCUUUUGCUCAUUGAUCCUUGAUAGAAUGGAAUAGUUCUCUGGGGAGGAAGUUUACUACCAGUACUAUAUUUGAAAUAAAGUCCUUAAAAAUAGAGAAGUAUUUUGUCAACAUUGUGAUGAGUAUAAAUAAGUAGUUAAAAAAAAUAAAAAAAAUCUAAGCUCUUUCCUA